AUGAAAAUAACGAUUACGUUAUAUUUCUUAUGCAUUAUUUUAUCUUUUAUUAAUUCUGUUUUUUCUCAUUCCAAUUAUCGAAGUCGCUUAUAUGAUAUAAUUCGUCAGUCAAUAAACAAAGAGGACAAUCAAUUAUUAUUAAAAAUUCAACUUUAUAAAUAUCUAAGUUCAACAACAAUGUUACCAAUUAAUCAACAAAUAAAUUCAAUGAAAAAUAAAGAAGAAACUAAAAUGUAUAUACGUGAUAAUUGGGAUACAGAUGAUGAUCAUUAUUUUAAAUGGGCUUCACUAAAUCGUCGACCUAUGGAAUCAUUAGCAGGACGAAAACGAUCAAUAGAAAAAACUGUACCACCAGGAUUGAAACAUCAUCGAAUUAAUACUGGUAUAUGGCGUAGUGGUCUUGUUGGUUAA